AUGAUCAAAAUAAGGAACUCAAAAAAAAAAUUAAUUAAAACUUUGAAGCAAACUUAUUAUGUGAAAAAAAAAAAAUCAUUUUCUGAUUAUGAAGAGUGCAAAUUUAAAACCUACGGAGGAAAACAAAAACAUUUUAUGGGAAAAUUUAGAAUAUACUUACCACCAACUGUACUCAUGGCAAUAUUAAUGAUAAUGAUGAUAUUUAAGGACUUUUUUAAUGUAUAUAUAUUUGCAUUUUUAUCGAUGGCCUUCUUUGCAAUAGCUUUAUAUUAUGCAUACAAAUUUACAGAAAUUAAUAGAAUGAAUGAAUUAUACAAAAGUUUUAGCAACAAAAUAAAUUCCUCAAAAAAAGUAAAAUAA